AUGGAGAAGUCCGACGGAGUGCACAGCGAAGCCAGCAAGUCGGACGAUAUUGCUGUGUCACCCGCGGAGGCCUAUGUCAAUAGCAAAUCCACCUCUAUUGCUACGUACGUCGCCAACAACGAUGCUUGUCUCGAGCGCACCAAGGCCAAGCUCGGCUCCCUGACCAACAAGACUUCACAGUGUACCACUGACGACGAUAGUCGCGCUGUUGGGAAGAAGUCCAUUGUAGCCACCAUCGUCCACCACUACGACAAUAAAUUUCGGGACAUGGCCGAUACAGCACAUGGACAGCAGAAGUACUUGCGCAAGCACUCCAAAGCGGUCAGCGACAACUGCAUAGCCUUCGACGAGCACACCACCCGUCUGGAGAAAUGCCCACGAUUCCGUCUUAUAUCUUAUCUUCACCCCUUCUUACCAUGCGGAAAGGAUAAGCCAAAUGUGCAUCCAUGGCGGAGUCACGAACCCGAAGAUCGCGAAUGUCAACGACCACGGCGCUCUUCACGCAACCCUUUAUACAACGCCCGACUUGCCGACACCCGGAAGCUGGAUCCUCUCAAACCCAGCAAAACCUGCUUGUAUGGACCAUAG